GCCAUCAAUAAUUAUCUAUUGCACGAAUGCAGUAAGAAUCCCUUCUCUUAAAUGCAUCUCGAACACACAGCAUGUGACCCUCGUUCUAAUAGCCAUCUGAAUGUACCCAAGAUUGUGUGGUGUGAGAAGAAUAAGACGAUCAACAGGUUGGGAAUGUUUUUGGAAUCAAUUAUUAUCAUUCUGAUAUUUACAUGUGGGGCCAAUUGGUGUGAUUCAGUAUCAGAUAAUUCAUACUCUUUCAAGUACGUUAUAGAUACAAGUGGAAUAUUGAGCCAACACUUGGAGGAACGGGAUAAAGAAAGAGUGAGAGGAUCAUAUAGUUUCCUGCAGCCAGACGGACAAAUCCGUAUAGUGCAAUACGAGAUUGAAAAUGGGUCAGGAUUCAAGGCGUUUGUUAGCUAUAGAAAAUUAUUUUCAGGUACGCUUAUGGGCCAUUUGAGAUAUCCGAAGGACUUUAGAGAACCUGUAGUCCUGGCUACGCCAGUAAGCCUCAUAACCAGCGAAUUAUUCCAGAUUGAGGAUAUUUAUGUGAAAUUCAAAACUUGAUGGUAGACGACUACCUAAUGCAACUGAACUCUGCCUCCUAUUGAAAUAUAUUGGUAUACAAUUCAAAGAAUGUAUCAAACAUUAUUUUUGAUAUUGAUGUCUAUGUACGAUUCAUCCCAAAUUAUAUAGCAUUGAAAGCAAUCUGUUUAUUUGAUUAUAAGAAUAUCAUGC